GGCGACACGGCGGAGUCCUGCGGUCCGCGGUAGUGAAAAUGACAAGCGGCGUCAUUUUCGCUGCUAUAGAUGGCGAAGUGUAAAAUGAAAGUCCUCCGGCGGUGCCUGUAUUUUGUUUUAUCCUUCCCUCUGUCAGGUGUUUUCUGUUUCAGUGAGUUGUCCUUCAUCACGGAGCCCAGUGAUGUAACUGUGCUGCCAAAGGAUCCGGCUGUCUUGGACUGCCAGGCUCAUGGGCAGCCUCCAGUCACCAUCGAGUGGCUUAAGAACGGAGUUCGGCUGGCAGAGAGCGAGCACGUAAGCUUUCUGCCCAACGGCUCCCUGUACAUACCAAAGGUAAAGCAUGACGAAGAGGAUUCCGAUGAAGGAUUCUACCAGUGCCUCUCCCAGAACAAAUAUGGAGCCAUACUAAGCCAAAGAUCACAUCUGACUAUCGCAAGUAUUUCACAAUUUGUGUUGCAUCCUGUGCCUGUGGUGGUGACUGAGGGUUCAGUGGCUCGCUUCCUAUGUGCAGUCACCUCCAGUCCCCCCGCGUCCAUCACCUGGGAGCUCAACCAAAGCACAUUACCCCUUGAGACAGAGAGAAUUACAGUUUUGCCCAGUGGAGUCCUUCAGAUCCACAAUGUGCAACUGGAAGAUGCUGGACAGUACCGCUGUGUGGCAACCAAUAUCGGCAGUCGCAUGAAGAGUAGAGAGGCAAGGCUGACAGUCAAGCUUGGUGCCCACCCAAAACCCCCUCAGAGGCCCAGAAUCAUUGCUGGACCUCAAAAUAUCACAGCUUCUCUUCAUCAGACAGUGGUGCUAGAGUGCCUUGCCACAGGUAAUCCACAGCCUAUCAUCUCCUGGAGCCGCGCUGAUAGUAAGCCCAUCGAUGUGUACAAUGCCAGAGUGCUGGGUAGUGGGAACCUGGUUAUCACUGAUGUGAAUUCCCAGCACAGCGGAGUCUACCUCUGCAGGGCCACCACCCCUGGCACUCGCAACUUCACUGUGGCUGCAGCCAAUCUCACUAUUUUAGUGCCACCGUCCAUUGUUGAGAGGCCUGAGAGCCAGACCCGUCCAAGAGCUGGCACUGCCCGGUUUAUGUGCCAGGCAGAGGGAGUGCCCCCACCCCAAAUCAGCUGGCUGAAAAAUGGAGAACAGGUUCACUUAAAUGGCAGAAUCAAGAUGUACAACAGUAAAUUGGUGAUCACCCAGAUUAUUCCGGAGGAUGACGCUAUCUAUCAGUGUGUGGCAGAGAGUGAGCAGGGCUCUGUGUUGUCCUUGGCACGCCUUAUCGUUGUCAUGUCAGAGGACAGGCCCAGUGUGCCAAGAAACAUCCACGCUGAAACUAUCUCCAGCUCAGCAAUUUUACUGGCCUGGGAGAGACCUCUCUACAAUGCAGACAAAGUCAUUGCCUACUCCAUCCAUUAUAUGAAGGCUGAAGGUCUUAACAAUGAAGAGUACCAAGUUGUUAUUGGCAACGACACAACCAGUUACAUUAUUGACGAUUUGGAGCCAGCGAGGAACUACAGCUUUUACAUUGUGGCUUAUAUGCCAAUGGGAGCUAGUCGUAUGUCAGACCAAGUCAGUCAACAUACUCUGGAGGAUGUGCCCCUGCGUACCCCAGAGCUGAGUCUGACCAGCAGCAGUCCGACAGCUAUUCAGGUGAGCUGGCAGCCGCUGCCAGCCAAGCUAAGUCGUGGCCGAGUCUCUGCAUACAGGCUGUCCUAUCGAACAGCUGCGGACAACGCAGUUACCUCUGUGGAGUUAGCCAAGAACAGCACUGAGUAUCUCCUGGAGGGUCUGCAGCCUGACACCAUCUACCUGCUCCGCAUGGCUGCAGCCACCCGUGUGGGCUGGUGUGUUCCCUCAGCAUGGACCUCACAUCGCACACCCAAGACAUCCAACAGCAAAGUCCCAUCAGCCCCUUUGCUUCAGCUGGAGCCUCUCAACUGCACCUCCAUCAAGGCCCGCUGGCAAAUCUCAUCCAGAUCUGUACUUGCUCAAGGUUAUCGCUUGUGUUAUCAUGAGGAGGGCCAACCUGAGCAGCCCACCAUCCAGCUCAAGUCCGAUUCCUCAGAGUAUACCAUCGGUGGCCUCGAUCCAAGGAAGAAGUAUCACAUCAAGCUCCUUGCUUUCAGUCAAGCGGGAGAUGGCUAUCAGGUUGACCAAACAGUCGGUACUCCUGGAUGUGUGUCAGCAAGAGACCACCUGGCAGUAGCCCCUCCACCUCCUGAUCAUGUGACAUCCGUGGCCAACAGUUCAUCUGCAGUGUCCCUAAAUUGGAGCCUUCCUGCUUUCAUCUCCAGGAAGGCUGUUCGCUUUACAGUCCGCUGUACUCCACUGGGCUCACACAAUGCCUCUGCCAUACGCUACCUACAAACAACCAAGCAGAGUGUGAUGGUGCAGAACCUGGAAGCCAACACUUGCUAUGAGUUUGUGGUUCGUCUUCAUGUGGACCAGAUGUCGAGUCCCUGGAGUUCUGUAAUUCGCCAAAGGACCCUAGUUGCAGCACCCAGCCGGCCUCCGGCAGGAGUGCGGAUAACCCUGAUCGAGGAUGACACUGCACUGGUCUCCUGGAGGGAGCCUGAGGAGCCUAAUGUGGUGGUGACCCACUAUACAAUCCUGUAUGCCUCUCAGAGAGCCUGGCUGGCUGGACGCUGGAAGAUCAUACAAAGGGAGGGGAGCAAUACCAUGGCGCUGCUGGAGAAGUUGGAGCCUGGUAACAUCUACCUAGUGAAGAUAUCUGCCUCCAACCAGGUUGGAGAUGGACCCUUCUCCGACAUAGCAGAGGUGGUACUGCCGCGUGGCGGCUCACACCGUAGCAAGAGUCCUAGACACUCUGACAGCUUCUCGGACACAACUGUGUUUUCCGAUGGUCUGUACCACAUAGACCAGAAGUCCAUGAGCGGGAUCAUUGUGGGUGUGUGCAUUGCCUUGUCCUGCAUUGUCAUGUGUGCCUUGAUCCUCAUUAGCAAGGGCAGAUCCAGAAAAUCCGCGAGUACCAAAGUCAUUGGCGUGGGGAAUGGGGAAGGUCCUCACGCUAGUUUGUCCCUUCCCAGUGAACAUGCUCCUGAGACUCCGAUGCCUGUGAUAAGUGAUCACUUCAUAGAUUCAAAGGGUGGACCAAAUAUAGUGAUACGGAGUUGUGGCCCAGUAAACCAUGGCAGCCACAGUAAGAGAUGGCUGUUCUUCAAGGGGAAUAAACAGAAUCCACAUAAAGAUGAAGUUGAGAACAGAGCUUGUUUUUAUGAGACUGGCAAAACUGUACUGAGGUAUGAGGAAAGGCUGGGUGCAGCGCCCCUCCAUCCCUCCUCCCGGGAGAUUAUUUAUGGGCCGCUUUACUCAGAGAGCUCGCACACCAGUGAAGGUAGCCAAGAGACGGGAGACUCUGGACACUACUCCAAUGAAGACAGCAACGAGGAGAUGAGCAAUUCCUCUGCAAACCAAAGCUCCAGACCUCAGUGUUUUGGGCCAGAUGACAGUCCCGUGUUGGAAGAGCUGAAGGCAUCUUUAAAAAGGGAAAAUGAAGAAAAACCAAGCCCUCCCCUCCAGUAUCCAGCCCAAGAUGCUAACCUGGUCUUGCAGCCCUGCUGCAUCUCAGUGGUGGAAGUGUCUCAUCCUGCCCAAUUCACAUCCCUGCCAACAGGCUCGUGACCCCACCCGGCUGGGACCUGCACUCCAGCAGCCGAAGCUAUGUCUGCUUUAACAUCUUUGCUCCUGAACAGCGUCUCUAGGUCAUUUUCUGAGGCACAAGGGACCAGGAAGCGAAAUAUUAUGAUGGGAAAUGGGCAUCUGCUUCUGGCCUACCUCAGGAUUUUGGAUGGAUGUUGAUUUUUUUUUUCUCUUUUGCAAACUUUUAAAACUGGCUACCUUUGUCUGCGUGUUUGGUAUUGUCUGUCCUAAACCAAAGCUCACCCCAUGAUGAAUGUUCAAAAGAAUGCCAGAAAUUUAUAUUUAGACAUUUUCAUUAUAUGUAAUUUCUUUUUACUCAAGCAGAGGGUUUUGUCAACCCUAUUUUGCUUAUUGCCUACCUCAGUAUUUUAUAUAGAAUACUACCUCCAUUUUACAGUACAUGGUGCAGUAUUUUCUCAGACUCAGGGGACAAGGUCAAAACUUAUUUUUUUUCUCCCUGUCAUGUUACCUGUGUUGUAGCGUUAUUGUGUUUGCAAUGUCAAAAGAGCUUUUAUGUUUCACAUGUUUUGUGUAAGAAGGUUGUGAGAAGAAUAAGUGCAUUAGAUGUCACUGACAGAUUUGAGUAAUAUCAUACUAGUGUCUUAUGGCAUUUCUACUGCACUAAAUUCCCAAAGCUUUAAAGGCCUUAAUAUGGAAAGGGCUUUGAAUUUUAUACAGGAGGAGAUCCAAAGACAGGAAGACGUGUACCCAAAGAAAAGCCCUUCGAUCUAGUUCAAUAGAUGUCGAAAGACAUCCUAAAAAUAUAGACUGGCUCUCAUUUAGAAGUGCGUAUGCCAAAAUGUUUUUGCCAAUGAUGUAAAUUUCCUUCAGAACGGUUCUAUGAAUGCUUUUCUCUAUGUAAAUGUUUCUAAUGCUUUAUUCUGUUGAAAGCUUUAAUGCGCGUCUCCUUGACUCGUGUUCCACUUGCCUUCUGGAUCAUUGCUAAGUUCAGCGGUGGCACCGAUGCUAUUAUCCAAAGAGUUGUCUGCUUCCUCACAUGGGCAUGGCUUUUUCCCUAAGCUGAUCCUCGGUGUUGACUGGUACAUGUUAUUCGCACCAGGCCAAAGAUCCAGUGUACUCUUCCAGUGAUGGAUGAUGAG